UCAGCUGUGGUCACGUGACGAGCACAGUUGGUGAUUUACGCAGCAGCACACUGAAAACAUCAAGACAAAGCGACACGGUUUAUCUGUCAGGACUUUUCCACUGUGUCCUCACUUUUUCACAAGUCAAUAUCCGACCAGAGACUGGCCAGCGUCCUGGCUAUCUUUUCUACAGAAAUAUUUCCUCAGCUCUGUCUGUUUGAUGUAGUUAUUACCAUCGGUCAUCGGAGGAUUUGACUAAAAAGCCAGCAGAAAUGAACGGGGCUGACAUAGGAAAGAUGGCGGGCAGCGGAGUUCCAGGAAGUGAGGGAAAAGACCCAGUAGCCAAUGGGCAUGCAGAGAAUGAGUCCAACCCCUUUGCAGAGUACAUGUGGAUGGAGAACGAGGAGGAAUACAAUCGGCAGGUGGAGGAGGAAUUGCUUGAGCAGGAGUUUUUGGAGCGCUGUUUCCAAGAGAUGUUGGAUGAGGAGGAUCAGGAUUGGUUCAUUCCAGAGAGGGACCUCCCCUCAGUCGGACAGAUACAGCAACAGCUCAAUGGACUUUCUGUCAGUGAUGGCAAUGCAGAGGAAAUCUUGCGAAAGAGCAUCUUAAACCCUGAAGCCAAGGAGUUUGUGCCAGGGGUGAAAUACUAGGGAUCAUCAUUGUCCUCCUCUCUCAAACACACGUCUGAUCAUAUAUGCAGAGACUGUUGUGCCCAUGUUUCGGAUGGUCACAUAAAAUGCGCUCUUCUCCACAUUUUUGAAGGGGCUGGAAUACUGUUUUAUUUUUUUGAAUGGGAGGGAGGUAGGGGGUGAUUGUCUAUAAGCUUUAUAUUUCUGUUGUGUAUAAACCAAGGGUAUUAAGUUGAAACAUGACCUCUAGGAGGUGCUGUGACUAGAUAAUAUCAUACUCAUUACCAGGCUGUUUUAUUUUCCUCUACCCUUGUUGAAAGGGCUGUUCUUGUCAACUUUCAUUGUUUCACAGUUUGUGCCUGAUCAGGUCUUUGCUUCUCCUCCCGUUGUUGUUGCUGUGUUUUUUCUUCUUUUAUUUUUGUUAUGGUUCUUUUCGAUGCAUCACUUCACAUUCCUGGGUUUCAAGAGGUGUGGCCAUAAAUGACUGGGGGCGUGGCUGGUUGUGGGCGGAGCCCCUUGGUUUGUGUUGAAUGCUGAGGAAAGGGUGUUGGGGAAUUCACGUGAAUUCAACUUUUGAGUUUGAAUUGAAUUCGUUACAUGCAGGACUGAAUUUCAUUAAAAAAAAUAUGGAAGAAUGGCAAAAUAAAGAAGAAAAGUUUGUACUAAAUGGACCAUUUCUUGUGUAUGGCUGUAUCUUAAAUCUAUUAAAUCU